AUGUCUUCAACAUCGCCUGCCGUUAUACGUUCAUCUGGCGUUGUCUCCCCACCUAACACCCAGGAUGCAUCUCAGAAUAUCACAACGACAGAUAGGCUAGUGCUCGACUAUCUGCGAUCUAGAGGUCACAAACCAGCAGAAAAGGCGUUUUUGGAGUCCCUCGGAAGCGUUCCCUCGGAUGAUAACGCAGGACAGUCAGAGAACCUGUUAUCUUCUGAAAACCUGAUCAAGAACCUGGCUAUUCAUGUCCAAAAACCGUCUCGUCCUGGUGAGAACCUUCUCAAGGAAGGUUCGAAUGUGUUAAAAGAGCUCACUGCAAUGGGAAACCCACCCACUGUUCAAAAUCUUAUCGCCAAUAUUGGUCCCGUUGGUGCCGAGGAAAUCCUAUCCCUUGAUCCAACCGAUAAAAAAGAGGGAUUCAGAGAACUGGAAUCGUGGGUUGACGGUUCUCUGGAUAUGUAUAGGCCUGAAUUCCGACCCAUAUUGUUCCCUAUAUUCUGUCAUUUUUAUCUUGACCUAGUCCAACACGGAUUCAGGGAAGCCGCCUCAAGCUUCUAUUAUACUUUCUCACCAUCUUUAUUGCCCAUGCAUCAUAUCACUCUGCGUCAUCUUUCGACUUUGCUUCUACCUUCUCAUGUCCAAAACGAUGAAGUUGCCCAGCAUUUUCGGAAUGAAAAGUAUGUUGUGAAAAUGACACGUUCAGGAUUCAGCCUUCUCGUGGGAUGGCUCAUUGAGGGUGUUGGAGGAGAGGCACCUGGUCAUGGCGACGGUUUUACCGGAGAGCGAAGUAAGAGAGGAAGAGCGGCAGUAAUGCGCGUGGUGAAUAACCAUCUACGAUUCGAUGUAACAUCGACCACAACGAUGGUGUCGAACAGUGCUUGGGAGGAGUCCACAGGGCUUUUAUCUUCCUUCGUUCCUCAGACCAGUGGCAGUGUAUCAUCUCCGAGUCCGCAGGCUUUCAAUGCACUCAAAGGCGAGUUAAAACUUGGUCCUGCACCCAUACCUGAAGAACUCCGGACGGAGACUGAGCGGGUCCUCAGAGAACAAGCCAUGGUAGAAAGGGACCCAGGGGCACAGUAUGACCUCCAUUAUUCAAGACCAGCUGCUGUACAAGGACUCGUUGCACCGACAGAAUCCGAUUUACUACCACAUCCCACCUCAUUCAAGGCAAUCGAUAUCCAAAGAGAAGUGGAAAAAGUUCGCGAUGCGAGAAAACGCAUUCGGCUCGACCCUUCCGUUCUGAACUCCACCGACUUGAACAUGGUCCAAAAUAGCGCUGCUGUCCGAGCACGUGGUCUGCCGAGUAUAUGUGCUUAUACUCUACAUGACGUUGGUGAAGGAGCGCCGAUUUGCGCCUUUUCUCCCGAUGUCACUCUCAUGGCUGCUGGUUUUUCAGAAUCUUAUAUCCGACUGUGGAGUCUUAAAGGCGAAAACUUGCAAGCUCUCCCUGGCAAUGAUCUCCCGGACUCCAUACGGGGUGGUGGUCCUUUUCGUCAGACCCAAGAUACAGAAGCAGGCACUACAUCACGGAAGCUAGUCGGUCACAGCGGAGCAGUUUACGCACUUUCCUUUGAUCCUCUCAGCGGUUCUGCCGCCCCACCGAGAUAUCUUCUCUCAGGCUCGGCCGAUUCUACUGUGCGUCUUUGGUCACUGGAUACAUUCACAAAUGUUGUCGCAUAUCGCGGCCAUCAAAAUCCAGUUUGGGACGUGCAGUGGAGUCCCAUAGGGAUCUAUUUUGCUACCGCAAGUCGAGAUAAGACCGCAAGGCUUUGGUCCACAGAUCGCGCGUCUUGCCUCCGUAUUUAUGCUGGUCAUCUGAGCGAUGUAGAUUGUAUUAGAUUUCAUCCUAAUUCGCUGUACCUUGCGACUGGGUCUAGUGACUGGACAGCCCGGUUGUGGGAUGUUCAGGGGGGUUCAUGUGUACGCGUUUUUAUUGGGCAUCAAGGGCCAGUUUCGACUCUUGCGAUAAGCCCGGACGGGCGUUAUCUUGCCAGUGCAGGAGUGGACCUUUCCAUCAGCUUGUGGGAUCUAGGCUCUGGUCGCCGGAUUAAGAAAAUGACAGGGCAUACAUCUGCAAUAUACUCACUAUCUUUCAGUGCUGAAUCUUCAGUACUAGUGAGCGGAGGGGCAGACUGGACGGUUCGAUGCUGGGAUGUUAAAGCGGCUGGUUGCUCCGAGGCUCCACGAGAAAAUGCGGAACCGGAAGUGCCUUCCAAAUCACUAGCUUGUAGCUCGGACUUGAUGGCUACCUUUUCUACUAAACAAACGCCCAUCACCAAUGUCCACUUCACACCCCGAAACCUUUGCCUAGUUGCAGGCAACUAUGUACCCGUUGACUAUAGAUGA